UGGCCGCAACAUGCACGUUGAGGAGAAACCGCAAAAGGUAAACAAGGCUAAAAAGGCGGAUAAAAAGCAGCGUAGAUGUCUGGCAAUUAUUAAAAGUGACUGCGAUGUAACCCCGAGUGACGAGCCUACCCCAUAUUUGGCGAUCCUCAACGUGGGACUCAGCAAUGGACUCACGGAGGAGAACUUACUCCAAGCGGCGGCCAAGUCCAGCGGAAAGGUAACCGAGGUGAUCAUGUUGCCUGGAAAAUCGUAUUGUUUUGUGGUCUGUGCCACCCUGGAGGACUCCCAGCUCAUAUAUCUGGGCAUGCACAACGUCUCCACCAUAGGACAACAGGGAGCAGUGGCCUACCUAAGUUACAUAAAGGAGUUACCGGCUCUUGCGGGGAAAAGUCCAUGGAAUAGACCUCUUCCCAGUGGCCUAGUGGUAAUUCCGGAUUUUGUCAGCGAGGAGGAGGAAUCAACGCUGCUGGCGGCCAUCGCUGCAGAUGGGAAAACCUCCGCGGGCUCCGGGACUCUCAAGCAUCGAAAUGUCAAGCACUUUGGCUACGAGUUUCUCUAUGGAAGCAACAAUGUAGAUCCCUCAAAGCCCCUGGAUCAAUCAAUACCAUCAGCCUGUGAUGUUCUAUGGCCACGACUGGAAAGCUCUUCAUCCACUUGGGACUGGAGCACUCCGGACCAGCUGACGGUGAAUGAGUACGAGCCUGGUCAUGGAAUACCUCCGCAUGUGGACACACAUAGUGCGUUUUUGGACCCAAUUCUCUCGCUGUCCCUACAAUCCGAUGUGGUAAUGGAUUUCCGGCGAGGAGAGGAGCAGGUUCAGGUCAGAUUGCCGCGACGCUCAUUGCUAAUCAUGUCCGGCGAGGCUCGCUACGAUUGGACGCACGGCAUCAGGCCGAAGCACAUCGAUGUGGUGCCCAGUGCAUCAGGAGGUUUGACCACCAAAGUCCGUGGCAAGCGGACAUCCUUGACAUUUAGACGCCUGCGAAGAGGACCCUGCGACUGUUCGUAUCCCAUGCUUUGCGACACUCGUCAAAGCAAGGCACCACAGGAAUUGUCAGCCUCCCUGGCUACGCAAGCCGUUAGCCUGGAGCAACAGAAUGUCCACGAGGUGUACGAUAAGAUUGCCGAUCACUUUAGCGAAACGAGACACACACCUUGGCCACAAGUGGCCGGAUUUCUAGAAUCAUUCGAUCCACAGUCCGUAGUGCUGGACAUUGGCUGUGGCAAUGGGAAGUAUCUGGGCUGCAACCCGGAACUCCUGGCCAUCGGCUGUGAUCGCGCACAAGGACUACUUGCUGUGGGCCGUCGAAAGGGACAGAAUGUGUUUCGAUGCGACUGCCUCAGUGUGCCUGUGCGCUCGUCCAGCAUCGAUGGCUGCAUCAGCAUAGCAGUUGUACAUCACCUGGCAACUGGGGAGCGUAGACUGGCCGCUAUCAAGGAGAUGGCACGUGUUCUUCGACCAGGAGGUCGUGCUCUGGUUUAUGUUUGGGCCAAGGAUCAGCGAAAGAAUGAUAAAAAGUCCGCUUAUCUCCGGCAAAACAAGGCAGUAAAUAAGGAACGCACCACCGAGCAGCAGCAACGCCAGAAGCAACACCAGGAACUGGAACAACUGCCCAACAAUACCCCACUGCCCGUGCACACCAAUCGCACUGAGUUUCAGCAACAGGACGUGCUGGUGCCCUGGAAGACCAAGGACGAACAGAGGACCACAUACCUGCGCUAUUACCACGUCUUCGAAGAGCAGGAGCUGGAGAAUCUGGUGGCUCAGCUCCCAGAGGUACAGCUUACUAAGAGCUACUACGACCAAGGAAACCACUGUGUGAUAUUCGAAAAGAUUUUGAAAAACACGUCAUGAAAAGAAGACUUUACAUUUAUGUAAUUCGUUUAUUUGAUUUCAAAAAUACACAUUCACACAGUU